CCGCGCCGCGCCGCCCGCGCCGGCUUCGCCGCUCGCGCCCGCCGGCCGCCCGGCGCCGGGCCAUGGCGCUGCUGCGGGAUGUGUCGCUGCAGGACCCGCGGGACCGCUUCGAGCUGCUGCAGCGCGUGGGGGCCGGCACCUACGGCGACGUGUACAAGGCCCGCGACACCGUCACGUCCGAGCUGGCCGCCGUCAAGAUAGUGAAGCUGGACCCAGGGGACGACAUCAGCUCCCUCCAGCAGGAAAUCACCAUCCUGCGGGAAUGCCGGCACCCCAACGUGGUGGCCUACAUCGGCAGCUACCUCAGGAAUGAUCGUUUGUGGAUCUGCAUGGAGUUCUGUGGAGGGGGGUCUCUGCAGGAGAUUUACCACGCCACGGGGCCGCUGGAGGAGCGGCAGAUCGCUUACGUUUGCCGGGAAGCACUGAAGGGCCUGCAUCACUUACACUGUCAGGGGAAGAUUCACCGGGACAUCAAGGGAGCCAACCUCCUCCUCACCCUCCAGGGAGACGUCAAGCUUGCCGACUUCGGGGUGUCGGGCGAGCUGACGGCGUCGGUGGCCAAGCGGAGAUCCUUCAUCGGGACCCCCUACUGGAUGGCCCCGGAGGUGGCGGCCGUGGAACGCAAAGGUGGCUACAACGAGCUGUGUGACGUGUGGGCCCUGGGCAUCACUGCCAUCGAGCUGGGCGAGUUGCAGCCCCCCCUCUUCCACCUGCACCCCAUGAGGGCCCUGAUGCUCAUGUCCAAGAGCAGCUUCCAGCCUCCCAAGCUGAGAGACAAGAUGCGCUGGACCCAGAAUUUCCACCACUUCCUCAAGCUGGCCUUGACCAAGAACCCCAAGAAGAGGCCAACAGCAGAAAAACUCCUUCAGCACCCCUUCACCACACAGCAGCUCCCCCGGGCACUCCUCAUGCAGCUGCUGGACAAGGCCAGUGACCCCCACCUGGGGGCGCCGUCCCCGGAGGACUGUGACCUGGAGACCUAUGACAUGUUCCCCGACACCAUUCACGCCCGGGGGCAGCACGGCCCCGCUGAGAGGACCCCCUCGGAAGUCCAGUUUCACCAGGUGAAGUUUGGCGCCCCCCGCAGGAAGGAAACGGACCCGCUCAACGAGCCGUGGGAGGAGGAGUGGACACUGCUGGGGCAAGAGGAGCUGAGCGGGAGCCUGCUGCAGUCUGUCCAGGAGGCACUGGAGGAGAGGAGCCUGACCAUCCGGCCCGCCCUGGCCCUGCAGGAGCUGGACUCCCCGGAGGACCCCGUAGGAACCAUCAAGCGGGCUCCGUUCCCGGGGCCGCCGCCCGCUGAGCCUGGCCCCCAGGAGCCGCUGUCCAGUCCCCCUGGAACCCCGCCCCGGCCUCUUCCAGGUCCCGACAGUCCCCCGCCGCUGCCCACCGCCUGGGCCACCAUGAAGCACGCAGCCGAGCCUGAGAGGUCCUCGUGCCACGGCCUCCCCCCGACCCCCAAGGUGCACAUGGGCGCCUGCUUCUCCAAGGUCUUCAACGGUUGCCCCCUGCGCAUCCACGCCGCUGUCACGUGGGUCCACCCCGUCACCCGGGACCAGUUCCUGGUGGUGGGGGCCGAGGAAGGCAUCUACACCCUCAACCUGCAUGAACUCCACGAGGACACGCUGGAGAAGCUCAUCUCGCACCGCUGCGCCUGGCUCUACUGCAUCAACAACGUGCUGCUCUCGCUCUCAGGGAAAUCUACACACAUCUGGGCCCACGACCUCCCCGGCCUGUUCGAGCAGCGGCGGCUGCAGCAGCAGGUGCCCCUGUCCAUCCCCACCAACCGCCUCACCCAGCGCAUCGUGCCCAGACGCUUUGCCCUGUCCACCAAGAUUCCAGACACCAAAGGCUGCCUGCAGUGCCGCGUGGUGCGGAACCCCCACACGGGCAGCACCUUCCUUCUGGCCGCCCUGCCCGCCAGCCUGCUCCUGCUGCAGUGGUACGAGCCGCUGCAAAAGUUCUUGCUACUGAAGAGCUUCUCCAGCCCCCUGCCCAGCCCGGCGGGGCUGCUGGAGCCACUGGUGCUGGACGGGAAGGAGCUGCCGCAGGUGUGCGUGGGCGCCGAGGGCCCCGAGGGCCCGGGCUGCCGCGUGCUGUUCCACGUCCUGCCGCUGGAGGCUGGCCUGACGCCCGACGUCCUCGUGCCCCCUGAGGGACUUCCGGGCUCAGCCCAGCAGGUGAUCCAGGUGGACAGGGACACCGUCCUCGUCUGCUUUGACCGCUGCGUGAGGAUCGUGAACCUGCUGGGGGAGCCUACGGCCACUCUGGCGCCCGAGCUGACCUUUGACUUCCCCAUCGAGACUGUGGUGUGUCUGCAGGACAGCGUGCUGGCCUUCUGGAGCCACGGCCUGCAGGGCCGCAGCCUGGACACCAAUGAGGUGACCCAAGAGAUCACGGAUGAGACCAGGAUCUUCCGUGUGCUCGGGGCGCACAGGGACAUCAUCCUCGAGAGCAUCCCCACCGACAACCCUGGGGCACACAGCAACCUCUACAUCCUCACGGGCCAUCAGAGCAGUUACUGACCCCUCUGCCCGCCCACGCCUCUGUAUAACUGGACCCCUGAGGAAGCUGCUGUCCCCCGCCCGCCCCACCUCUGCCCCGUCCCCCGCGGCAGGCGCCCCAGCGGGCAGGCGGCCUGGGCUGUGCAUUCCACGUCGUCCACAUUUCCUUCCUGUACUUUCUGCCAAGCUCGGGAACACGGUAUUUAAGAGAGAGACUAUAUUACUAUUAAAGCGGCUCUGAUUAUACCCCAGGCUCCCCGCCCAGUCAGGAGAGCCGGACCCGGCCUCGGUGCCCUGCGCCUCCCCCGUCCCUCCCUCCCUCCCUCCACAGCAUGUGCUGAGUCCCG